CUCAAGCUUCGCGCAACAACAAUCCCAUCCAUCCAUCAGCAGCAAAUAUGAAGCUCACAAACAGCUUCCUGUUGCCAAUUUUCAUUGGCGCAGCGUCUGCCGUAACUAAUGCGAGCGUGUACAUCUUCGAAGCGGCGAUAAGAUCAUCCACUAGUCCACCAUCUCUCACCCCAGAGCAAGCCAGAUUAGUCUUCGCCCAACGCCUCGGAGUCUCACAGUAUCAUGGAAUUGGAGAUGCUAGUGAUGCUACUCUUUCCUACGUCAACAAAUUUGGAGGACAAUAUGAACCGCUGUUCCAGGACAAGACGGAGGUGGAAGUAGCAGAGCUCGUCCUGAUUGUUGAAGGCGUAUCUUUCGAAACUGGAGAACUUCUACUGAAGAAAUGGUCCGCAAUCGAGCCUGCAUUUACCAUAUCCCACCCACCGUCAGGACUUGCGAAUAAGCAGCUAGUAUUCGAUUUACAGAAGCAGUCUGGGCAUGAUAAGUACAACUGCUCACCGCGUAAUGCCGUCAACCCGUUCGAUACGAACUGCUGGAACGGGCGGUCAAAUGCCAUAUAUUUUGAUUUGGCUACCAAGGGCGAAAGUCAGAUCGAUGAAUUAAUGGAAGCCCAGGAAAGGUUUGCUCAAUUCGCUCACAAGGCUGAGAUGAACGUGCUUGUCGUUUUGAUGCCACAGUCAUCUCGAACAUCAAAAAGCUCUAGCAAGCCGUACGGGUCCUACGACGUACCUACACAGGUGUCGUUUGGCAAGGUUCGCAGACAGGCCGCAGAGGAACCAAUCACCGAAGCACCUGUGGCAUCUACGCCACCAACAUUCAACUCCAAGCAACUGCAGCCUUUUAAUUCAUCCAGUAACUCGACGUUCAAGCAGCUGCCUAAACUUCCACCACUCUGCCACACAUCCAAGGAUUCCUGUGAGUCCUCGACAAACAGUUGCAGUGGUCGUGGAACCUGCUUUAAAAAGUAUUCGACCAGCAAGGCAGAUUGUUUCACUUGCGGCUGCUCGAGAGAGUCAUUCGUAUUUGGUGGUAAGAAGUAUUUCAGAGAGUCAUCAUGGGGCGGCUCGGCUUGUCACAAACAAGACGUUAGUGGUCCCUUCUGGCUCAUUGGACUCUUCACCGUGGUCAUAGUUGGAAUUGUCAGCUGGGGAAUCGGAUUGAUGUACAGUAUCGGAGAGGAAAAGCUUCCAGGUGUGAUUGGGGCUGGUGUUUCGAGCAAGACAAGGUAGAAAGGUCUCUUGUACGAUGUGACAGGCACAUAUCCGCCGAUUUGUUUACUCGGCGAAAGCUGGUGGCGUUUAGAAGAUUGUACUUAUUGAAGGGCCAAGGAGGUGUAUAGAUCUAUGGUAUUAUUACAGCUGGCUAGGUAGGGUCUGUUGUCGCAGGUGUGUCACAAGCGAGAUAUCGAAGCGAGGUGAGAUUGCAUGACAAGGUACCUGAUGAAUCUGGGAAUUCAGCAAUGGCUAUAAAGGCCCUGCGCGUGAUAUGGUAGCUAUUAGAACGACCAAUGGAAAUCUUAGCUCGAAGU